AAAACAUACGAGUAAUAACACGUGCAUCGUAUCCUUUCACCGGUGUGACCACCGCGAUAAAUAUAUACAACAGAUUAUUAUUGAUAUUCGAUCAUCGAGACGUACUUUGAAUUUUACGCCGAGAUAAAUUCUUCAUUGAGUUUCAUUGAAGAGAAUUAUCUUAAGGAGAAAGAAAGUAGAAGAUAGAGUAGAAGGAAUAUUGACUUGUCAUGAAUUAAAGAAAAAAUUCCAAGGAAAUAGUAGUGAAAAGAAAUAUAGAGAAAAUUAAGACAAGAAUAGACAUAGCUAUAGCAGCUGGUCGAGAGGUGUGCAGGCGGCAGUAAAAUAUAGAGGAAGCAAUCGCCGUAAGGCGACUAUAACGAACGGUGGUGGUGGCGGUGGUGGUGGUUGUGGUGGUGGUAAAGCGAGGUAGUUACCACGGUAUAGGCGCCACGAGGCGUCAUUUAGACUUUAGACGUUCCUGGUAUCGCAUCACGAGGGUUGAACAGUAACGUACCAAAAGACAUCAUUAUACGUAUCACCGUCGAGAAAUUCCUGAUUCAGCUGUGAUUAAAGACAAUUUGAUUAUAAUAAAGAAGAAAGUGAGGUCGAUAAAACGAGGGUAACAGCAAUUAUAGCAACCGGUAGCCAGCGAAUGAUAAUUUUUUGUUGUCAUAACAAAGCCACGUGUGUUGAGUACGCGCACGCUCUGUCGUAGCAAAGUUGAAAGACAGAAACCAGACAGAUGCAGUUACAUCCUGGACCGAUAGGGGCAUUCUGGUAGUUACUGCGCACGUACCACCCCCUUUUACAUAUUUGUCUGCUACGUAUAGUAGCUAUCACCGACGGAUAGAAGGAGAACUUCGACAUUACUUCUGUUUCAUUGAGAAAUCACACGAUAACUACGAUCUAAAGAGGAAGAGAGAGAGAAGACAACGACGAAUACUACUACACAACUGUAAUUGAUUAAAGACUACAACGACGGUGCAAAGGUGACAGAUAGCCGUUUGAAAAAGAGAACCGGCGUUACAACGCAAAACGAUGCCGUCUAACACGCAGAGAAGACAAAUCAUGCAACCAUGGCCUCUGUGCCUAGUGCCCUUCACAAAAACGAAGGAGCGCAACGUUUUGCCGAAUUAUUAUACGAGGGUGCCGUCGAUCGCAAGAUCUUCGACAACGAGUUCGGGUAUAACAUUGGAUUGUGCCUCGAACGCGACUCUCGCAACAAACGCAAGCCCUUUCAACAGUCAAACAGCCCUUCUCGUCGAGAAGAAACGAUCACCAAGCGGUAGCAAUAGCUUGUCACCAAAUCAUUACUAUGUCGAGAAUCUAAAAAACAAUCAGCUUUUCAACAGUCAGCCAUUGCAAAAACCUCUUGCUGCACCAAGAAUCUAUGAUCCUUUAGACAAAGGUCUCGACGCCGAUUACAAACAACUCGAUCCGUUGUUGGCCAAGGAUCCCCACGAGCCUACGGUAAAGGGACUGAUGAGUACUACUCAGGAAGAGAAAGAUAAAGAUGGCACGCAGGAAGUGGAACGUCUACCACCGUCACAAUUUCAAAAGGAUCAAGAAUUGUCACCGAAACGUUUCAUCAAACAGAUAUUGGCAGCUUUGACACUGUCAUUGGGUUCUCUCGUUGUUGGAUAUUCAACUUCCUACACCUCGCCGGCCCUUGUUUCUAUGCAAAGCAAUGAGACCGAGAUGACCUUUGAAGUUACUAAACAAAUGGGUAUGUGGAUCGGAUCAAUCAUGCCUCUGAGUGCGCUUUUCGGAGGUAUAGCUGGAGGUCCGUUCAUAGAAUAUUUCGGAAGAAGGAAUACUAUUCUUGGAACUGCAGUGCCAUUUAUCGUAGCUUGGGUUCUCAUUGGUUUGGCUCAAAAUAUUCCUAUGAUUCUAAUUGGACGAUCCAUUUGCGGUUUUUGCGUGGGCAUAACUUCCCUAUCACUACCAGUUUAUCUGGGUGAAACGAUACAACCUGAAGUUCGUGGUUCGUUAGGUUUGCUGCCUACGGCCUUCGGUAACACCGGUAUUCUAAUGUGUUUCAUAGCCGGUAUGUAUUUAAACUGGAGGUACCUUGCGUUGUUCGGUAGUACCUUACCGAUACCAUUCCUCGUAUUGAUGUUCGCAAUCCCUGAAACCCCAAGAUGGUACAUCUCAAAGGGUAAAACGAAAAGAGCACGCAAGUCUCUCCAAUGGUUGCGCGGUAAGAAUGUAGACAUCACCGAGGAAUUGACGACGAUCGAAGAGUUGCAUGUAGAAAGCGAAAGAGAUAUUCAAGAUGGACUAUCGGAGUUACUCAAACCGAAUCAUGUCAAACCUAUUUUGAUCUCGUUGGGUCUCAUGUUCUUCCAACAGAUGUCUGGUAUCAAUGCUGUCAUCUUCUACACCGUUCAAAUCUUCAAGGAUGCCGGUAGCACAGUCGACGAAAACAUCUCGACCAUAAUCGUUGGUAUCGUAAACUUCUUAUCGACUUUCAUCGCUGCAGCGGUUAUAGACAAGCUCGGUCGAAAAAUGCUUCUAUACAUCAGUGGCGUUUCCAUGGUUAUCACACUUCUCAGCCUUGGCUCGUACUUCUACAUAAAGACAGGAGAUACAGACGUAUCUAACAUAGGAUGGAUACCAUUGAUCAGCCUGAUCGUUUACGUCAUCGGUUUCUCCUUAGGAUUUGGCCCUAUUCCUUGGCUAAUGAUGGGUGAAAUCUUACCAGCCAGAAUCCGUGGUACGGCAGCUAGUAUCGCAACGGCCUUCAACUGGACGUGUACCUUCGUAGUGACGAAAACUUAUGAAGACUUCAAAGAAUUGAUCGGGGCAUACGGAACCUUCUGGUUCUUCGGAAUAAUUUGCGCAAUCGGUUUAAUUUUCGUCAAUGUAUGUGUACCAGAAACGCGUGGCAGGUCACUCGAAGAAAUCGAAAAGAGAUUCGCAGGACCAGUCAGAAGAAUGAGCGCUGUAGCUAACAUGAAACCAACGCCAAUGGCAGUCUAAUUGUUUUUUAAGUUUCUUCUUCGUUUUAUAUUAUUAUUAUUAUUCCUUUUUUAAUGAUCAAUCUAAAAAGAGUGAGCUAUUGACAAACAACACGCGUAAUAGCAAUCCAAACUUAAGCAUGAGGUAAAUGAUCUUUGAAUGAUUCUUCUUGAGAUGAAGCGUGAUUGCUCUCUCUCUCUUUCUCUCUUUUUUCUCUCUUUUUGUAUGCGUCUCUUCGCAUUCUUUUUCGUUCUUCUCAUAAUUCCUCUUAAUUAAUUGUUGUCAAUUAGAUAUGAGUAAUUGAAGGAGUUGGUACUAAGUACGUCCUCCGACGAUGAGCAUUUUUUAUUAAUCAUUAUAAGAUUAAUUCUUAAUCGUAAUUCCAAAGAUUUUUUCUCGUUGCUCGCAAACACGCUCGUUAAGAAAAUGAGCCAUCUAUUGUUUUUGAACAAGUCCUUUACUUAGAAAUUUGAAAUAUGCGAAAAGUGGCGUGGAAGAAAUCUGCUGUUGACUAGGUAUAUAGUAUUUGUUUUUAUUACUUGAUAGUGUUGCAAGGUCUACCUCAAGCUAGUAAUUGUACGAUUUAUUUAAAGAUACUUAGUUAAAUAGAAACUAUAUAUGGAUGCAGAAAUGAUUAUGAAGUAUUUGGUAGAUGAUAUACUUGCAGAGGUAUAUUAUGUAUUCUACUCAAAUGCACAAAUUAUAGUUUUAAAUAAGUACUCAUGGAAAGACGAAUUGUCUCAUUUUAUGGCAAUAAAUUCUCAAAUCAAAUGAUGUAUCCUUAUGGUGCUCCAUUAAUGUGAGUUACCAACUUUGUACAUAGCUGUUAGCUUACAUAAGCAAACAUAUGUAUAUAAGAAUUAACAUAUAAAAUAGAAUUAAAGAAAUAGUAAAUAUAUCUUUAGUUUAUAAAAAAAAAGUUAAUGAAAUAGUAAUUGGAAUUAGUAAUAAUUAAACUACAAGAAAUUAUUAAAAAACUGUUUGAAGUGAAGUAUCGAUCUUAUAAAAAUUAAAAUUUUAGCAUAAUUGUUACGUUACUACAAAUAACGCAAGUUUAUACAUAAUUAUGAGUUUUAAUACAUUCAUCUUUAUAAGAUGAUCGGGUGCUUAAUUGUUUAAUUGUUUUAAUGUACAUUUAUGACAAUGUGAGUCCUAAUUAAAAAGAAUCUCGUUCGAGCACAAUAUUAUUAUAUCUAACGAUCUUUUGCCAUAUGAACAUUAUGUAAAAGUCAUGUUGUAUGAAAAAGUUAUACUUGCUGCAGUAACAAUUACGAAAUAAUUGCUAAUUAUUAUUUGCCAUAACAAGAAGUAAAUAAAAAUGAUUUUGAUAAUUUAA